UCUGUCAACCUAACCUGCGAUGGUGCUGGCUCUGACUUUACCAGAGAAUGGAUGAAGGACGGCUCCUCACUGACUCCGGCUGACAACAUGACACUUUACGACGAGAACAGAGUGUUGUCUUUUCUCUCUCUGAAGAAAACAGACAGUGGAGAAUAUUUGUGUAAAAUCAGCAACCCCGUCAGCUUUGAUGAAGCUGAAUACAGCAUGGUUGUUAACUAUAGACCAGAGGAUGUUCAAAUCACAGGACAAAAUUGGAUAAACGUUGGAGAGACCUUAAACUUAACCUGCUCUGCUGUAUCCGAACCAUCUGCCAGUUACACCUGGUCACUGAAUGGGAUAGAGAUAUUAAACAAUUCUGCUGUGUUCACUAAAGACAUGACUGAACUUUCUGACAGUGGCAUCUACACCUGUCAAGCACUGAAUAAUAAAACUGGGAGAACGUCAUCUGCAGAACAUCAAUUGUUUGUAACAGAGAAAGCUGGUGGUCUCUCAGGUGGUGCCAUCGCUGGAAUAGUUAUUGCAUGUUUCCUGGUUGUUGGAGGAGCUUUGGGUGGAGGCUUAUAUAUUUAUAAAAAAAAAAUCAACAACGAUGCUCGGCCACAAAACACAGAGCAAGACUUACAUGUGUAUGAGAACACUUCAGUGAUAUAUGAGAACACAAUAACUCCAUGAUCUUCUUUCCCUUUGAAGAUGCUUGUAAAAUCAUCACCAGCAUCAAGAAGAUGCCAUUAAAUGCCAUUAAAUUUGUACAGACAUUCAUGUUCCACAAAGGAUGAAUCCUAUUUAUUUUGAUGACACCUUGACUUUUCCUCCAGUACCACUAUGAGUUUCCCAUUUGUAGUUUUGAAUGAAAUGUCUCAAUUAUUGCCAUGAAAUUGCCACACAGGAAUGUCCCCCUCAGGAUGAAUUUGUUGAUCCCGUAAUUUUUCUAAUUUGUCAAAUACUUUGAUUUGUGGCAAAAUACCUGCAAGAUAUUGUGAUAACAGUCUCAGCAGCCUUAGCUGUACCUUGUGUUUAGUGAUAAUUAGUAAAAUUUGUGUGUCAAAACACUUAGUUUAGCUUGUGAAAAUGGCAAACAUUAUAUCUGCUCCCAACAUGUCAGCAUUGUCAUUGUAAGCAUGUAAGCAUGCUGAUGUAAGCAUUUAGCUCGAAGCAGCACUGUGAGUACAGUCUUCAGAGCUGCUAGCUGUAGACUUUUAAGGCCUUUUCACAUUACAGUGGAAAAAUGAGAUGACUGUGAUUAGCAGGUGGACUGACUGUUGUGAAAAUCCUACAAGCUAAAACGUUUAUGUUGCUGGCAAUAGAUCGCUACAUAGAUUCAAACUUUAAAAAAAACAACAACAAGUGAACAGUUCUGGAAAUUCAGAAAGACAAGUAAUUCAUUUUUCAUCUAUCUUUCAUUUUAAUCAGUGGUGAACAGCAAUUAGCCGACAGAGUCACCAUAGCUCUGGUCAAAAUUCAACAAAUUGAACUUUCAAUGCACCCCCACUUAGCACACCUGAGGAAUCCAUCAAAUGAACAUACACAAUAUUGGAGAAGGCAUUCAUAAAACAUGUGAUGAUGUGAAUACACCUCUAGUGUGUUUAAUUCAUACUAUUUCUUUGCUACUUC